AUGGCUUCAGCUAGCGGCUCAAAGGAUUAUCCCCAAAAAUUGUACCCGGAAGGCAAAUCUCCUUUGCUGAAGAAGAGUUGUCAUCAUAACUGCAAGCUUCAUGAGUUCAUCAUGAUGAUCAGGGAUCACCUUGGGGAUGAAAUUUACAACGACAUCAUGAAUAAUUCUCAAGUUGGCGUGCUACUGAAGCUUGCAUUGACUUCGUUCAUAUGGAGUGCUAAGACGGUUCAGUAUUUUGUGAGCAACCAACUGAAGGUGGAUAGGAAUCAUGAGUUCUGGACUCUUAUUGGAGGUCGCCCGGUUAGAUUUUCACUCUUAGAGUAUGCUGAAAUCACGGGGCUAAACUGUGACCCAAUUGAUCCCAAUGACAAGUUGGAAAUAGAUCACACCGAAUUUUGGGCCGAGAUUGGAGUGAGAGGUGGGGAAGGCCCUAAUUGGAAUGAGUUAGAAGCUCGGAUGAAAACUUGCCAAGCAUGGACUUAUGAGAAGAAGAAGAUGUUGGCGUUGCUUUUCAUUUUGCAUGUUGGUGUAUUGGGACUUCACCGCAACAGUCGAAUCCCGUUGGCUUUAGCCAAAACAGUUAUGGAUGAAGCAGCUUUUGAGAGACAGCCGUGGGGUCGUCAUGGAUUCCAUGAACUAAAUUAUUCCCUCAAGAUUGCUAACUUGGGGGGAGCAAGAUACACUCUCCACGGAUGUGUACAGGCAAUGCUUGUUUGGGGUUAUGAGUGCAUCCCUAUAUUGGCUGAGAGAGCAGGGAAAAUACGCCUCGAUAUAGAUGACUCGGUUGUUCCUCUUCUUAGGUGGACUUCAUCACGGUGUCGUUAUGUUUUCGAGACUCUUUUGGAGAUGGAUAAGAGUGAAACCGAGGACCACAAGGUUCGGGUUAGACAUCUAAUGGUGGUGAAGCCCUUGGAGGAAAUAUAUCCUGUCUGGGAAGGUGAACCCCGACGUGUAGACGUCGAUAUAAAGGUGCAUAACAUGAUAUGUGAUAUUCUGGAUGGAAGCUUGGAUGAGGGGUUCUGGGAAUCUCCCAAUAACGUAGGUGGCGAUGCAACAGGUGGCGCUGCAACAGUUCAGACGCCGAAAUAG